AUGGAAACGAACUCGGUAGUCGACAAGAAUGCUCCCAGCAGCCGUGACUCUGCAGCUCCCAUAGGCCAGGAACAGCGCAAGACGGACGAUAUCCUUGAGGCGUGCAAGUGGCGGAACAUUGAGGCCCUCAAAAGCCUAGCUAGUACCAGAGGCGGAUUUCUGACCGACACCCUACGUCGAAAAGCCUGGCCGAUUCUCCUAGGUCUCCCAGAUAGCGAGAGUUUCCAGGAUACAAUCGCAGCUGGUAUAGAUGAGAAGGUCUCCUGGAAAAGUCUACCAUCUCAUAGAGACGAGGAACAAGUUGCGCUCGACGUCAACCGCGCCUUCAUCUACUACCCGAAUCACCAAAACGACACCGAACUCGAGAAGAACAAAGGCGAGCUGUCCGAUCUCAUUGUCGAAGUCCUCCGCCGAUACCCAUACCUAUGCUACUUCCAAGGCUACCAUGACAUCUGCCAAGUCUUCAUGCUGGUCCUCGAACCACCAUGGCGCGCUCGGCUAGUCUCGCGCCUCUCAGUGCUCCGCAUACGAGACUUCAUGCUCACCAGCCUCGAACCGACCGUCGCGCAGCUCAGGCUGAUCCCUGAUAUUCUCAACGCCGCCGACCCGAAGCUCAAGCGCCACCUCUCCGGCACGGAGCCCUUCUACGCCCUGGCGGGGACCCUGACCAUGUACGCGCACGACAUCCAGGCCUAUGGCGACAUUGCCCGCCUAUUCGACACCCUCCUCACCCGCGAGCCCGUCUUCAGUAUCUACAUGUACGUCCAGAUCGUCCUGAACCGCCGCGACGAGCUCUUUGACCAGGAGGAGGACGACCCGUCCAUGCUCCACCUCAUCCUGUCCAAGGUGCCGCAAAAGAUGGACCUCGACGCGCUGAUUACGAGUACGAUUGCGCUCUACGAGAGAUACCCACCCGAAUCGCUGCCGCAAUGGCGCAAGAUAUCCAAAGCCAGCUCCUUGCGGACGGCGCGAUGCGUGGAGGACUGCUCAAAGCAGACGAUGGACGAAGGAUACACAUAUUUUCAGAAACAACUGGCAGAGCUCAAGGCCCUGGAGCGCCGGCAAAAGAUCAUGAAGGUGCUGUGGGCGUACAGAAAGGGGACUGCCGCUACCGGACUGGCCGUCGUCAUCGGUCUAGUGGCUGUAUACCUCGGAAGAAGGAACCCCAGUCCCAUAGCUGCAAUGGCAGCUUUGUAUACCAAAUGGGCAAAUGGAACGAGCUGGACGCAUAACUUUUAG